AUUACUCACAACAUGGCACCUGCUGGCGGGGGUGUUGUGCUGGCGGCUCUGUCGCUGCUGUACUUAUGCGGAGCUAUUUUGUCCAGCGAGUAUUUCUCCACCCUGACCUUCUUCAACAGUGAGCUCCACAAGCACGGCUGCAGCUCUCCGGCCGAAUGGGAGGAAUAUGCGGCGGACUGCGAAUCCUCAAUCCUGCAGCUGGAGGAUCCGGACUGUGAAGAGGGAAGCAGCCCGCCCUGUGAGUCUGUCUUCUCACUCAACGCGGAGAAAAUUCUUAAUCAGGCAAAGUUGUUUGUCGAACAGCGGCGGUUUCCUUUCGCUGUGGACAACCAAAAUACCAACGAAGAGCUUGCCAUAGGUUAUGUUCUUAUUGGAAACGGACUGUAUGAUGAAGCCAUCAAGCACUUCUCCUUACUGUUGCAGGGAGAUCCUGAACUGGUCAGUGCCAUCUAUGGACGUGGAAUAGCAUACGGCAAAAAGAGUCUGCAGGACAUAAAGAACGCAGACCUGGCUUUAUAUGAAUUAAGCCGAGUAAUCGCGCUGGAGCCCAAUAGACCUGAAGUGUAUGAGCAGAGAGCCGAAAUUCUGUCUCCUCUGGGCCGCAUCAGUGAAGCUCUGUCAGACCUUACUAAAGCCAUUCAACUUCAGCCUUCAGCCCGACUGUACCGACACAGAGGAACACUGCUUUUCAUAUCCGAGGAUUAUAUGGCGGCCAUGGAAGAUUUCCAGCAGUCUCUGGAGCUUAAGAAGAACCAGCCCAUCGCUAUGCUAUAUAAAGGGCUGACCUUCUUCCACAGGGGUCUUCUUAAGGAGGCUAUAGAGGUGUUUAAAGAGGCUCUCAAGCUGAAGUCGGACUUUAUAGAUGCAUAUAAAAGCUUGGGUCAGGCUUACAGGGAAUUGGGAGAUAUUGAGAAUGCCAUGGAGAGCUUCCAGAAGGCUCUGUUACUGGAUCAGAACCACAUUCAGUCUCUGCAGCUCAGAGGAAUGAUGCUCUACCACCACGGCAGUCUGCAGGAGGCAAUCGGCAACUUCAAAGAUGUUCUCCCUCAGAACUUUGACAGUUACUCCGCUGAGGUUCAGAAGCUCAUCUGUACAGCAGAUCAUCUCGGUGCACUGAUGCAGUACGACACUUCAGGCUUCUUGCCAAACCUCAGAAUACACAGAGCGAUGGGUUUGGCCACUAUAGAGGUGAUGCAGGCCAUGCAGAGGACAUGGAGCAAUUCGAAGGUCCGCGUCAACGGAAAGACCAGACAGCUGCAGUGGAGAGACAUGUUCGACAUUGCUGUAAAAUGGAGGAGGAUUGCAGAUCCAGACCAGCCUGUGCUGUGGUUAGAUCAGAUGCCUGCCAGGAGUCUUAGCAGAGGAUUUAACAACCACAUCAACCUCAUCAGAGGGCAGAUUAUUAAUAUCAGAUAUCUGGAGUAUUUCAGUAGCAUUCUCAGCUUCGUAAAGGACAGAAUACUGGUUUAUCACGGGGCGUAUAACCCGCGGGGACUUCAGGAAGUAAAACAGGCUCUGGAAAAUGUAAAUAAGGUGGAGGAUUUGCUUCCAAUCAUGAAGCAGUUCAACAGUAAAACCAGAGACGGCUUUACAGUCAAUUCCAAAGUGCCCAGUCUAAAGGAUCCUGGGAAAGAAUAUGACGGAUUUACAAUCACCAUCACUGGAGACCGAGUGGGGAAUAUGCUGUUUUCAGUAGAAACUCAGACCACAGAUGAGAGGACACAGCAGUAUCAGUCUGAAAUCGAAGCGCUUUAUAAAGACCUCACGGCUAAAGGCAAAGCCUUGAUGCUUUCCACUGAACUGGGGGAUGCAGAUGCUGUGUGCAAUUUGAUUCUUUCUCUGGUGUAUUACUUCUGUAACCUAAUGCCACUAUCCAGAGGCUCCAGUGUUGUGGCGUAUUCUGUGGUCAUGGGAGCUCUGAUGGCCAGUGGCAAAGAGGUGCUUGGCCGAAUCCCAUCUGGAAAGCUGUUUGACUUUGAGGCCAUGACUACAGCCAGUCCAGAUCGCUUCAGUAAAACCGUCAAAAGCUGGAUGAACUUAAAAAGCUUACCAAGUUGGUACCAGAACCUUCCAUCAGUUUCAGAGACGUUCCAGUUAACAAGGACCAUGAUUGAAGUCCUAAAUACAGACUCGUCUUCGCACUGUCCCAAGAAAUCCUGAACUUGAAAAACCAUUUAGUUAUUAAAAAAUACAAAAAAGUUUAAAUAAUAAGGGCCAUCUCUACUCAGGGCAUCUUUGCUCACAGUUCUCACUUUUAUGUGGCUUUUACAUAUCAAAUAUCUUAUGAUAAAUGAUAAAUAUUUUAUCAUUGUUUUUAGCUUUCAUUCAUAUAAACACGGAAAAAGUUUACUGUUUUGUUAUAAUUUUUAAUUAAAUGUGCAUUUGUGUUGGAGUCGAAGAUUUCAUUAAAAACAAGCAAUUGGAAGCAUCAUCUGAGUUUUAAAAACAGCAGGAAUUGUAGCAGAAUAUGAUCGGAAAUCAUUUAUUAUUUGUUAUAAUAUUUAUCAGUUGCUUACACUGACUUAUCUUUUUUUUGGAGGGGGUUUUGCUUUUAAAAACAUAUCGGUGACUUGUCGCAGAGAUGUCCUUCGAAGAGAAUAUUAAGCAAUAUUUUUUCAGCUACGAGUUUCUUUCUGAAUACUUGAACACAGUGGGGAAAGCUGUUUUGCAAAUGUUUUUGUUGUUUGAAAGACAGAAGUUGGUAUUAUUACCAUGUUCACUGUCCACACUGGCUUCUACAUGUUGUCUUUAUUUAAUGGCUUAAUUGAAAUAUGUGUGGAUAUCAGAUUCUGGAGAUGUUCAUGUGAUCCUAAACACUGGGAACAGUUACAGCUCAAUCGACAGUUGAUUAAAAAUCUUAAAUUUCCUUCAUCUUAUAAAUCCUUAUUUUAGCAUCUUCUUAAGGGACCAUUUUAAGUAGGUUUUUUGUUUUCUUAAUCCUGUCAUGGUGAUGCUGUAUGGCUUUAUUUCCUGUGAAAAUCUUUAAGAACAGUGGCUUGUUUUUUUUUUUGUUUUUUUUUUUUUUUUUUCAUGAAGGGAAACGAAGGUGGGUUGUUUAAUGCACAAAAGAAAAACUUGAAGAUAGAAGAUCUCUGACUUUGAUGAAAAAGCCACAGUCAAUAAAAUCAGUUCAAUGAAA